AUGGCCGACAUGGACGAUCCAGUAGCAAGUGGUAGCAGGCUUUUCACUGCUCCUGUCAAGCGAAUCGUAUCUUCUGCCCAUCUACAGGUUUUCAAGAGCUCUUCGACUCAUGACGAGCUGUUCGACUUUAUACUCCGGCUUAACAACAGUGUGAUUGACAAAACGCUGACAAGCGUUGGGGAACCGUCAUCAGCUGUAACUAGAUCUCUGCUGGAUAUACUGAAUGCGGUGCAUGAACUCGCGUGUGCGACCCCAGCGGUCGAUAACACCCUCUCAAGAUUUGGCAAUCCUGCUUUCCGAACCUUCUAUGACAAAGUUGCUGAGGCUUCAGGACGAUUGCAUGCUAUGAUACCUGGUCUCUCGGCAGAAGCUGUUCCUGAACUCGAAGUAUAUUUCAAACAAUCCUGGGGAAGCCGGGAACGUAUCGACUACGGUAGUGGAAUGGAGCUGAACUUUGUCUGUUGGUUACUAUGCUUGCACAAAAUGGGACUCGUUAGAGAUGACGAUAGCACGUUCCUCGUUCUCGGCAUCUUCUGGCGUUACAUCAAGGUCAUGCGGUAUCUACAAUCGACGUAUUGGCUAGAGCCUGCCGGAUCCCAUGGGGUCUGGGGACUUGAUGACUACCAGUUCCUUCCCUUUUUAUGGGGCAGUGCCCAACUGCGAGACCAUAAACAUCUGCGUCCGAAAGCCAUACAUGACGAAGAAAUCCUUGAGGCCUUUGCCCCAGCUUACAUGUACUUGUCCUGCAUCAAAUUCAUCAACAGCAUAAAGACGGCCUCUCUGCGAUGGCACUCACCUAUGUUAGACGAUAUUUCCGCCGUCAAGACCUGGUCCAAGGUGAAUUCUGGCAUGAUGAAGAUGUAUGACGCCGAGGUUCUGGGCAAGCUGCCGGUCAUGCAACACAUGUUUUUCGGCAGCCUAUUACCGUUUCCUGAGGACCCUCAGUUGCCCAAUAUGCCAGGUGACUUGGAGCAUGGCCACGUUCACGAGAAGGGCUGGCAAAUGGAUUGUUGUGGGAUACCAGGUGAGUGCAACUCUGCGAGGGCCGUUCCUGAUGUAGCAGUACCCUCGGCGUUUGGUCAGGCCCACCAAGCAGGAUUAAAACCAAUACCCUUUGAUUAA